AAAAAAGUUUUGCCUUCGUUUUUAGAGGGCUUAGCCCUUGCAUCUGGCACGUGAUACGAAAUAGAGGGUUUUGAAGUACAACAAAUGGUCAUGUCGUGGAUUGAGUGGCGAGCUGUAGCUUCACCUAGCUUCAUGAAUUUCACAACACAUAGGAAGAGAGUAAACAGAGAAGACAACAUUUGACGUGAUAUACAGGCGGUUUGCCAAGGUAAAGCGAGCCUCCCCGCACAUUACAGCGACACAGAAAUGGAUGAUGAUGGUGAUGCCUUCUUGUAUGGCUCUGGUAACGAGAAUGAACAGGCCAAUGUUGAUACAGGUGCAGAUGCAGGAAAAGCUGCAGAUGCAGCAGCAAGCACAGACACAGUACUUGAAAUCAAAGAUGGAGUUCCUUCUACUACACAGCUAGAUGCCAGCGAUAACAACACAGAAGGCCAGGGAGCUGACAAUGAUAACGACGGGCCAGAGGUGGAGGAGUCCGAGUCCGAUUCCGACUCAGACGUUGAGUUCAUCAUUGGGUCUCUUGAAUCGAAGGUGAACAUACCAGCAGCCCAGCUGAAGACGACACCGGAAGGAGAGGCUCCAGUGGGAACCGUUGCGGAUACUACACAGGUGACAACAGUUCCGAUAUUCACUAAAUCUACAGGACUCGAUAUAAAUAGAGUGGGUCUCUACAACGACAUACCGGUGACGCAGCUCUCUCUUGACGAGUUGAAAGACAAGCCAUGGCGACUACCAGGUGCAGAUAUAUCUGAUUACUUCAACUUCGGGUUUGACGAGAUCAGUUGGAGGGCUUAUUGUGCCAAGAACGAGAAGAUGAGAAACGAUUUCAAUCCAGGUAAGGUGAUAACGGAAUUACUCGCCGUUGGUUCGAUACCACCUACCCUUUCACAAAUCAUGCCCAACGGAGCACCUGGUUCGGGCUCGACGCCUGGAUCAAUGCCUCCACCAUUCAUGAUGGGGAUGCCGGGAUUCAUGGGUAUGCCUAACCUGCCCAAUAUGCCCAAUAUGCCGAACAUGCCCAACAUGAUGAACGGUAUGAACGGUAUGAACGGUAUGAACAACAUGAACAACAUGAGCAACAUGAACAAUAUGAACAUGAACAACAACAGUAACAUACCCAAUAUACCGAAUAUUCCUAACAUCAAUUCCAGAACCUCUUCCAACACGCCGGAUCCAACAAAUACAAAACUCCCCCACAUUCCAUCGGCAUUAAGGGAUGCUAGAGAUCAAGCCGACAAGGACCUCGAGAAAGGUGGUAACAACCAGAAAAAGUUUAAAGACAGAGAACGUGAUAAAGACAGAGAUAGGGAGGGUGACAGAGGUGGUCGGCACAGGAGGAGGCGCUGAACGCCAGCAGUGGAAGUCCCACUUGUCGCUACCGUUUUUGUAUUCUUGUUUAUCGUGUAUAUUUUCAUUCAUUGAAGUAAUUGUUUACUCAUUUAUAAUCACAAAAGCUAAAAAGUUAAUUUAUGUAAAAAUCCAAAACCUGUUCGUAAUUUCCCA